AUGGCAAAGCAGGUCCUCUGGCGGGACUCGGAGAGUGGUGUGUGCUGGCCGUCUUGGCGGGAAGGCAGACCUCUCUUCUCCCCCAGCAAGAGGAAGGGUGCGUGCUCAAGUGUGCCCGUGGUGGGACAGCAGUGCAAGUUCUGGCAACAGGCUUCAUUAUGGCUGGCCUGGAGCGCUGAGUGGCCCGAGAGCUGCCGGCACAAGACCAACAGCCCGUCUGCCGAGGGCGAAGAAGCAGGCGUGGUGAGAGCAUCCAUGGCUUUUCAGGGGUGCUGCUGGCUGUUGGGGGCAGGGUGCUUGUUCCUCUGGCUGCCCCCAGCCCUUCAGGAAGCCCAGCCCAAGAGGGAGGAGGCUGCAGUGCCUCUGCAUUGCCGAAAGGGUGUAGAGUUUGUGUCCUGCCGCGGCCAAGGAUUGCCGGGCUUCCCGCAGGAAAUUGGCCAUGAAGCCAGGCAGAUGGACGUCUCCCAUAACUUCAUCUCCAGCCUGACAGAGAGCGACACGUCCAGCCUAACGCGCCUGGAGCACUUGGACCUGGCCUCAAACCAGCUGCAGGCAGUAUCGGAGGGAGCUCUGAAGGCCCUCGGCCACCUCCGCUCCCUGCUCCUGGCCACAAAUCGCCUGCAUCGGAACCAUGUCUCCAAUGGGAAAGCAUUCCUGUCCCUGCUGAGGCUGGAGGUCCUCGACCUUUCGGAGAACAGCUUGGACAGUGAAAUGGCCGCUUUGUACCUCCACAGCCUCCCCUCGUUGGAGCAGCUGGACCUGUCGCGGAACCACCUGACCCGCCUCGCCAAGGGCAUCUUCCAGGGAGUGCCCAGGCUGAGGGAGCUCCGCCUGAACCACAACUACAUCAUGGAAAUCGCGGAAGGAUCCCUCGAGCCUCUGAGGGGCCUACACAGCUUGAACUUGGCCAUGAACUGCCUCCCCUGCAUCUCAGGCUUCAGCCUCAGGCAGCUGCGGGUUUUGAACCUCAGCUAUAACGCGCUGGAGUUCUUUGGGACUGGAGGGGAGGUUGGAGGGGCCUAUCGGCUGCAGGCCCUGGACCUGAGCCAUAACCAGCUGGCCUCCCUCCCUCUGCUGCCCAGCAGAAGCAGGCUCCGGCACCUCAACCUCUCCCACAAUGCCCUAGGCCAAGGCCACUGGGCUGCCAAGGCCACUGGGGUGGGGCAGCCCCCUCCAUGGCCCAGAGGGCUCCAUGCCACCCUGGCUGGCCUGGCCACGGUAGCAGAGCUGGACCUGAGCUACAACCAGCUGAGCUCCUUCCCGGUGAGCUUCCUGCGUGAGCUGCGUUCCCUCCGCACUCUCAGCAUGGCCAGCAACUGCCUCAGGGGUGUCACGGGGGAGCUGCCCACCCACUGCCCCUGGCAAGGUCCUGAGGCCCACAGAAAGGCGCCUGGGCAGCAGCUGCUGCGGGACCUGGCUGUGCUGACCGUGAGGAAGCUGGACCUCCGAGGAAACGCUCUCCAGGCCUUGCCACGCUGCUUCUUUGAUGUUCUGCCCAACCUGGAGGCCCUGGACCUCAGCCUCAACAACAUCCACCUGUGUGGGGCGUGGCGUGCCUGUGAGAGAGCGCCUCCUUCCGCAGAAAGAGGGAACUGCACCACCUUCCACCACCUCCCUCAGCUGAAGCUCCUCAGUCUGCGGGGGAACAGCCUUGCCAUGGUGUGCAAGGGUCUCUUCCGCCAAACCCCUCUGGCUUCUCUGGAUCUCUCGGAGAACGAGGGCUUGUUCCUGCCGGAAGGAGCGCUGGAGGGCUUGGGAUCUUCCUUGCAGACACUCUCUUUGAGAAGAAACCAGAUGCAAACCUCUGGCAUGAAUUUCCCCUGCCUUGGGGAGCUGAAGGUGUUGGACUUGGCUGAAAACAGACUGAGUGCUUUGCCUUCUGGCUUGCCUUGUGCUCCUCUGGAGCAGCUGAACCUGCAGCAGAACCAGCUCGUGAGCCUAGAAGAAGCUGUCGCUGUCAAGCUGUCCCGUAGCCUCCAGUUCCUGUCUGUUGCUGGCAACCCCCUCAGCUGCUGUGAGUUAGGGUGGCUGGAGGUCUUCGAGGCAGCUGCCGCCGUCACUGUGCUGGACCGGGAGGAAGCGCUGUGCUCUUACCAAGAUGGGAACCAGAGUGUCACGGCUCAGGUCAGCAGCGCACACGGGCAGCCCUGCCCUCCUGACGCACACCGCCCGGGGGGCUCCCUGGUGGCAGCGCUGCUGGGGGCAGUUGGCAUUUGCACGCUGUGCCUCACCUGUGGCAUCUGCUGUGUCCUGGGAAAGGGGAAGGAGCACCUGCCCUGCUGUCUGGGCUGCAGAAGCCACCAGGUGGAGCCUGCUCCUCCUCUGAGCCCAGAGACGGCAAGUGGACAAAACUCAGAGGACAACAGUACGACUGUAUAG